GGCUACGCGUCAUUAUCAUACCACUCAAAACAGGUUCCCUGAAUAAAGUAUGCAGCUUGGAUAUCCAGCUUCCCUGGCCUACGUUGGUAGGCACUGUCUCCCUGUAUCCCCGAUGAUCCUCAUUGCCUCUCCAGACACUCUCUGAGGCAAUUUAUCCCUUUUCAACCCGUCUUCCCGUCUGCUGCAUUCAUCCCUUGACUUCAGAACACCCCGUCAGUAUGCCGCGAGGGGAUACGGAACCCCUCCUGCCUCGCUACGAGGAUGAGACAAGUCGCAGACGCCAGCUGCAUCCGAAAUUACACACCUACCAGAUGUUCCGUGCCCUGUCUGAAGGGUACAUGCCGUCUACGGAACAGGCCAUCGCCAAUCUGCGAACCCUCCUCGCGCUGGACAUUCUGAGCCCUCGCAACGAGGACCUCUCUGCCGCUGGUCGCCAGCUGGUCCGGGACUGCCGCCUGUCGAUCCAGUUGCUGAUCGAGCUGCUUAGAGAGAAAAACGGGCAGGACCAGAUCCAGGAGUUUCUCUGGCAUCUCGCCAGGUCGCGUGCGUCGUUGGAUGCAGAGAGCGUAUCGGCACGGGCAUCUCAGGCUUCAGCCAAGAGAGAUACAAAAGCAGCUUACGAUAGCUUCCGGAUUGUGGGCAAUCUACUCCUCACCAAUGCUGACUUUCGCCUCUUCGUCGACGACCUGACCACGAUCGGCCGUCAGAUCUUCUCCGAUACAGCUCUCUCGCUCUCCCAGGCCUCGAAGCAGGUCAGCCGUGAGAUCAAACCGUCCGAGCAGGAUCUGGAAGCAAUCAGCGGGGCAGGAGCCGACAGCGACAAGGCGAUUCCCUCGGACGAAGCCAUCCGUCAGGGCGGGGAGGAGAUCGCCAAGCUGGCCGGUGAUGGUCUGGCUCGCACAGGACACGACGCGGUUCAAAGUGCUCGAGACAAUCUGACUGGCGGGAACAAGGAUGCGCUGUUUUACCGGCUGAAGCAGACUGUCUUGAACCUUCGAGAACGUACAGAGUAUUCGGAUUCGGUAGCCACGCUUGCGCGGCUCGUACAGCGAUACGCUCAGAUCUACUCCACCGUGGCCGAAGACACGAUCAGUGCUGUGCACGAAGAUGUCGAUGUCAAUGCAGAUCUCAGGGAGGCGGUCCGGGGCUUCUGGGCCGUCUUGCGUCAGUUUGGCGAUGCAGAAGAAUGGUCAGCUCUGGAGAAACAGUUUCAUACCGUGAUCGAACAUGCAAACCGGGACCCCGAGUUCGAGGCCCUGAUGUCGGAGAUGGGCACCGCCUUGCAGAGGGUGAUGACCGACCCGGACUUUUUGGACUCGGAGGAGGCAUCCGACAAGGUUGAUGAGCUCAGGGGGAAGACCAAACAGCUCGGGUCUGAAUCCACCCUCCGCCAGGACAUGGAUGCCUUUUUGGAGCAGACCAAGCGCACCCUGCGUACCGUUCCCGACGAUCCAUCGGUGUCCAAGCUAGUGGACGUGGCCCGCAAGAUGGGCACGGAUCUGUAUGCUGCAACGCAGGAUCAAAAAACCAGCCUGCUUUCCGACCUGAGCGACAUCUUUCUACCUUUACUCAUCCGAUCCGUCCAGUUCAUCCCCAUCCCGCGCCUGGAGAUUUCCUCGCCCGAGCUGGACCUGCUGGUGGAAAACCUGAUCCUCGAGCCGGGCCACUCGAUCAACUUCUCGUCCUUCCUGCCGUACCGCGUCCACAUGACGACCCGGAACGACAUCGAUGUGACCAAGAAGCACUCGAAGCGCGUCGUGACGGACACCCAGACGACCUUCACCGUCACGGUGUGCGGGCUGAACGUCAGCGCAGAGGAGUUUGGGUACUGGCUGCGCGCCCACGCGGGACUCCUCCUGCACGUCAAGGACGAGGGCAUCGCAAGCUUCCACCUCGACAGGCGCGGGAUCGACAUCUCGCUCGACGUGCAGAUCGGGCGCGACCGGCUGGGCGAGAUCUUUUCCCUGCGCGGGGUCCGCGUCCGCAUCCACAAGCUCGACUACACCCUGCACCGCAGCCGGUGGAGCAUCCUCCUCUGGCUGGCCAAACCGUUCCUCAAACAGCUGAUCCGGCGCGUGCUCGAGAAGCAGAUCGCCGAGCAGAUCGUCGCCGCCGCCACCGCUCUCAACCGCGAACUGGUCUUUGCCCGCGAGCGCAUCCGUGCCGCCCGCAUCGCCAACCCGCACGACCUCGCCUCCUUCAUCCGCGCCGUCCUCGCUCGCCUCAAACCCCGUCCUAACCCGGACAUCUCCGCGCGCGUCGGCCUGUACCCGCCCCGCGAGGGGGUCUUUCACGGCGUCUACGCCCCUGGCAGCCUCGUCAAGAUGUGGCACGACGAGGCGGAGCUUGCCCAGGACGCCAUCGACGAGGGGGAUCACGACGGUGGGCUGCGGCGGACAUGGCGCAAUGACGUUUUUGAUGUAGCCAGAUGAC